GCAAGAUUUUAAUGAAGUACAGUAUUUCUUCUUGAAGGAGGUCUGCGUUAUUACAGAUUCUUUUAAUUCUAAGAAGUUGUGCAAUUAUUGUAUUGAUAAUGAUUGAUAAUGACUGUAUCGAAAUGUUAGAAAACCAGUUAGUAAGUUUUAGUGUAUGAAAUUGAAGUCUCUGCGUUUGUCAAAUAUUUAAAUAAGAUUGUAAUUAAGAAUUUGAAGAUCUAGGUAAACAAUAUAAUUUUGAAUAGAGUUAGUGGCAUUAAGUUUGAGGCAAGUAGGGUAAAUAUUUGUAUUUUCUAGUUUGUUAAAUUUAUUAAAGGCAAUAACAUGAUGAAUAUAUCGAAAGAUGUGUUGGUAGUAUUUCCUUUCUUGAAAAUUAAGUGAACGUACAAACUUAAAUUCUUUAGCAGUUUCCGACCAUAGGUAUUCCCUGUACUUGCUUAAAGAUUGUGUUAUCAAAUUGCAAAUAAUUGUUAAAAAGUACACUUUUGAGGAAAAGUCUCCAUUCUUCUAGAGAAAUUGUAUGAAUCUGCGGAAAGAAACUGGGGAGAGUAAGUAGGCUACUAUGAAUUUCUUCUAAAGGUAAAGUGGUAUACAGGUUUUCGAAGUCGUAACAUUGAAUAUAUUCUAUUUCAAGCAAAUUUAGUCUCGAGAAUUUUUUCGUUGUUACUAAUCAUCCAAUUGCAGUGUAGAUCUUGAAAAUCGUAAUUAUUAAUAUUUAGUUAUUAACGUUUUUGGUACAUGUGAAAUCAAGUCAUUAAAUGAUCUUUGAUAUAUAAUAAACCAUUUGCAUGAAAUUAAUUUGAAUUCAGUUUCUCGCAAAAUUUAUAAUUCAUUAUUUUUUAUCAUGUCCGUAGGAGUGAAAAGAAAUCUAACCUCAUCCGAAGUAUCAUUCAUUGAUGUUAAGCAAUUGAAUGGCAUUACAACAGCGAGAAAUUUGCAAAGUGGGCGAAUCCCCCACCCAAGACCGCAGGUCCCUUAGUCCUCGGAGGGGAGUUCGAGCGGCAGAUGACUCUCCCGAAAACCCUGUUAUAGUCCGAUCGCCGAAGAUGUCUCCGGAAUUACUACGUUCACCUUCCAAAGUCUCUCCACGGCAGAAAAUCGAAUCUCCAAAAAACGCGGCGUGGAAGUCCUCCAAGUUCUUCAGCAAGAGCAUGGCCUCCGGAGAGCUAUUGAAGAGCCUCAAGAAACUUUCUCCAUCCCCAUCUUCGUCGAAUACUUGCAACAACGAAUCGGGAGUAACAACUUCUGACAAUAAGGAAGCUGAUGCCAAAUCUUUCAAAAGCAGAUUCACUUCUCUUAGGCGGAAAAGCGGCAGCGACUCUGACAGUGUACCCAACGUAGACAGUGAAUCUUUGGAGCUGGGCAGUCCAGAAGUGCGAGGAAUUGUAUGCAAGAAAGAAGAUCUCAUGUCUUUGAUGAGUGUUCCAGGAGCUACUAAGGAGAGAAGAGUAUCUUCUCCUGCAGAACUAAUCGUUCCUGUGUGUUCGAACCUACCCAGUUCGCCACUUCCCGUUCUGAAAUCGCCUUCGCUCAAGGUAGCACCUCAUUCUCCCCUCAACACUCGAGGCUCCUUUCGAUCUUCGCGUUCCACCUCACUAGAUCCCGCUUCUUUGCCUCGAAUCUCACCACGGCCUUCAUCAAAGAGUAUUCUUCAGCAUCAUUUAGUCACUGAUGACAUCGACGUGAAGCCUGGUACUUUCUUAGAGGUCGUACCAGAGGUAAAGAGAAGAUUAUCUGGUCCCCUCAUACAAGUAAAAGAGAGGAUCCCAGAAGAGGAUGAAAGUGAGACGCCCGUUCAGUGGGACGACAGCAACUUUGUUGAUCCUAAUCUCAUUGGUGGGGCCAUCGAAGCUUACCUGAAGGGUAUGGGACCUUCGCCUACACCUACGCCCAGUACAGAGAAAAGAGUGUCCUUUAAAAAGAAUCUUAUUAAGUGAGGAGUUUCGAUUUUUAUCCUCAUUCCAUUGUCCGAAUAAGAUUAACGAUGCAAAUCCUCUUAUACUAGAUGCAAAAAGGGAAACGAAAAGAGUGAACUCAUAGCUCUGAUGGAAAUUAUUAUUGCGUUCAGGCGAAAUGUGAAUCUUGAUGAAUAAAGAGCAAUCACGAAAUAGUGAUUAAAAAUUCUUUAAAUCUUCUCUUCCAUUGGGCUUUCAAUUCACGUGGAAUGCACAUUUUUCUUCUGCACAUGGGGGAUUAUCUUUGUAUACUUCCCUGACUUUCAACGAUUCUCAAUCUUUCUGAUGUAGAAAUAUGGGAGAAGAAUUUGGAAACAAGAUUUCUUCGAAUUAUUGAAUGGAAAAUAUCGAACAACGAAACUUUUUGAACACUGUAUACUUUAGUUAAAAUAUUAAAUUUCAUGUAAAUUAGAUUGAAACCUCUAAACCAUAAAGAAGCCUCAACAAAGAUAGUAUAAACUCGGAAAAGACUUUUAUUUUUAAAGAUUAUAGGAAAGAUUUUUAAUUUUAUCGUCACCAAUCAGUUUAAUUAAAAAAUACAGGGGUUGGACAAAAAUAUGGAAACACCUUUAAAAAAACAUG